AAUAAAAAAAAAUCCACAACAACAACACCCACACCAACAACUACAACAACAGUAGCAGCAGCAAUUACAGCAACAACAAACACCAAGAAAAUUCAACAACAAACAACAACCACAACGGAUCAAUACCAAAGAUGGAGGCAAAAUUCUUGGCUAGCGCUUUUUCAUUCCUCUCGAUAUUUUUAGCGAUUUAUGCUCAAUCACUUGCCAAUGACCUUCUGGUGGACACCAGCGAUGAGGGUGGAGCCUCCGCCAGCUCCGCGGAGUUGUUUGAGGUGACGCCAGCCAUCUACUACGGCGAUUCGAAUGUGAAUCUGGGCGAACCCUUCUCGAUAACCUGCAUCAUACCGAUCACGGAGAAGAUCCAUUGGCUCAAGAACGGGGAGCCCAUAACGCGUCACAAUCUGCGGCAUGGACGGGACGAGCAUGCCUACACUUUGGCGGAGAGCGCCAUCGAGGGUGAGAAGCACAAGAUCGAGGCGCAUCUGAGUGUGCGGCAUGCACUGAAGGUGCACGAGGGACGGUACCAGUGCAAUCAUCGACAUGGCAGCUACCACAUGCUGCAUGUACGCGGUGCAGCAUCGCCCGGAGGUGGCGAGGCCACAGAGUCUGGCUAUCAGACCAUUGACGAACUGACGCCAAAUUCGGCGGAUGAUAUCUUCACAAGAACGUGGCUGGAGCAGCAGCAAACGGGAGUAGCAGUGACGCCCACUCAUCAUCAGCAGCAGCCGGAGCAGCAUCAGCAUCCGUACCAGCACAAGCAGCACAAGACGCAUCCGUUCUAUGGGAAUACCAGCAGCGGCAGCUCACGGGGGGAUCUGUACGCCCCAGGCCCGCCGCCCACUAGUCGGUACAACGAUCUGACCACACUGCCCUGGCAUCCAUCCUCGACUGCGACGGGUGUCCAUGGUCUGGGCAGUGGCGGCAUUCAUCGUGUGUAUUCGGCCACGCCGCCCGAUUUCCCGCCACCACGCCUUAACAUGAUGGAGCACACUGUGGCACCGCCAGAGCCACCCACCAUUCUGUACAAUCAGACGCUGCCGCAUCAUCGACAGCAUCAGCCAAUCACAGCUAUUGCCACUGCCACGGCCACCGAUUCGAGUGCCGGCUCCUACGGUUCCCCCUCAUCCACGCUCCUGUCCACGGCGCACCAUCACUCGCACCACCAGCAGCAGCUGCAGCAGCAGGCGCAGCAUACGUUGAAUGCCUUCCAGCUCCCGCUGCCGCCGCCAGUGCCGUAUCCAGCUCAGAGUCCAGCAGCUCCGGUUCCAGUUCCAGCUCAAAAUGAGAGAUAUCAGACAUAUGCGCCGCACUUUGUGCCACCAGCGGUGGGGGGCGGUGCAGCAACAGUAGCAACAACAGCAACAAUCGCUUCGAUGGGUGGUCAAAUGAGGCAACAGCCCAAGACGGUCUUGCCUGUUAAAUUGGAUACGUUGGUGCCAAAUUACGACAAUGUCGAGCAUCGAAUGAAAUUUUAUGAUAUUAGAGGACCGCUGGUGCUCUCCUGCAAAACCGAAUCAACAGACCCGCUUAUAUGGAAAAAGAACCACACCAACGUGAUGAACGUAGAUGUGCUGAAGGGUCGCUUUAAGUUAAUCAAUGACGAGAAGAAGUUCAUCAUCGAUAGAGCGGAAGCGCACGAUGAUGGCCUCUACAGUUGUGAGGUCAAUGGGGAGUCCAGGGAUAUCAAUGCUGUUGCUCGCGUUGUUGUACGAGUGCCUUCAAAUACAGCCGUUGUGGAGGGUGAAAAAAUGUCAGUUACCUGCUCUGUCUUGGGUACUGCACCGCAAUUGUCAUGGACUUUUGGCAAUGUAACGCUAAAAAACAAUACAGAUCGCUUUGUACUGAAAGCUGAGAACAAUAUUGAGAACGCCAUUCUGACAAUGGACAAUGUUACUUUGGAUGAUAGAGGCGAGUACAAAUGCAUUGGACGCAAUGCGGCCAAUGAUUAUGGAAACAGCACUGUUGCCAGCGACUUUACAACUGUGCGUGUUAAGGGCAAAUUUGCCGCCUUGUGGCCUUUCCUGGGCAUCUGCGCUGAGGUGCUUAUUCUCUGCUUGAUCAUUCUCAUCUAUGAGAAGCGACGCAACAAGAGUGAACUGGAGGAGAGUGAUACUGAUCCCCAAGAACAGAAAAAGAAAAGGAGAAAUUAUGAUUAAAUUUCCUAAACAGAACAUCAUACAAAAUAAUAACAGACAAAACAAAAAUGAAGAUUUAAAUAUUGAGCAUAAACCAAUAACAGAGAGGAAAACCCCAUGCAUUACAUAAAAUUAAAAUACAUAAAACUAGCAAAAAUGAGAUAACAAAUUGAAGGUUCAAGAACAUACAAACAUAAGUGGAUAACAGUCAGUCACAAGAGCCUAUACCUAUGUCCCAACUCAGCCCAUCUUUCAUCUAUCUAUCUAUUUCCUGUCCCCGUCCUGUAGUGUUCCCAGAAACUGCAAGAAACUUUUGUUUAGUGAAAUUGUAUUUUAUUAAAGUAUGAAAAAAAUCAAACCAUUAAUAUUAAACAAAACUAAAAAGGAAAAACUGAAAUUAAUAUUAAAAAUGGAAAGUGAUAGCAGUUAAACGAACACUAAAUGGAAUAUCUUAC